AUGUUUGGUCUAGGAUCUGCAGGUAUGGGCUCAGCGCCAUAUCCUAACAACCACCGUCCAUCAUCUAAGAGGAAGAUGUCUAAAAAAGACAACACCCCGCCAACCUCUAAGCACCUUACUUACCCGUCUGUCGAAUUCUUCGAGCCAGCCAUUGAUGGACCACCUUCACCUCAUGGUAUUCGCGCAUACACUGAGCAAAUGAGGAGGGGCUCAGCGUUUGCUGCCAAAUCGAAUACCCCUUCUAUCACAUCAGCUUCCUCUUUCCGCUCCCGUCAAUCCAGUCUCGAUUCCUCCAACAGAAUCGAAUUACAACGAAAGUCCUCCGGUAGAUCAAACGGCAGUAGCAUGGCGACGAAAGAUAGACCCGAUAGUUUAAAUCUAUUCGGAAAAACAAUAUUCUCCCGAAGCAGCAAAAAAUUUAGACGUAAUCAUACUUCAAUGGGAGGCUCCUCGUUAUCUCUUGCAAGUCAUUCUUCCGAUAGGGAUCGUAGCGACGCAUCUAGCCACAGCCCACCUCCUACUAGUUAUCGUGCUCGAAAGAAUACCAUCUCUGGACCAUAUAACUUUCAGCACAUCACACACACUCAACAGAAUGAAUUACCAAACCUCAGGGAAAUUCCUCCCACCAAAUUGGUGUCCGAAUUUUCAGCUCUCCGAGCAUCUCAAGCUCCAACCAAUGGAAAUCUUAAGGGUAUUAGAGCGAGAGAUUUAAUGUUUGAGAAUUUCUCCUCGGUAGCAAUAGAUUAUGCGCCGGAUGUUGACGCGCCCAGAAGUCCCACAAGCCCAAAGAGUCCAUCGUGUCCUGUGACCCCGCAAAGAAGGUCCGUAUUUCGAGCGUCCGUAUCGCCACCACAGAAUCAGCCAUGGAGGCCUAUCAAUUAUUCAAUGUCACAUGAUAAUCUACGAUCGGUACCUGCACGCCCAAUGAGGUCUCCUGAAUCUCCUCGAUGCCCGGUUAAUCCACCUGCUCGAACAUCGUCAAGAGCGGCGUCAACUUUCUUCAGUCAUGUUGAAGACUCAUCUGCCCUAGAGUUCGGUCAAGCUUUGGCUGGUGCCAAUGCCAGCCUUCAAGAGUCUGCAUUCGAUUUUACUCCACAAACACAUCCUUCACCCCCUAAAUGGGAAAGAAGAGAAUCCGAGGUAUCCAUCAAACAUUUGUCUCAUGCAGUCACUACACCUGGCGAGGAAGCAUGGCCUUUAUCUGCACCAUUAAGUGGAAGUUUUGAUGUCGAUCUUGCAGAUGUUCUCGAAGAAGACGAACAUACUAGGACGCGAUCAAGAGAGUCAAGCACCGACGGUGGUGAAUUACGACUUUCAAAAUCUGUUCCCGGUCUGAGGAUGAGGGCACUUGAGCAAGCUCCUGAUAUGCCUGAUAUGCCACCAGUGCUAGGAAGACUUGGGUCUAUUGAUACCUCACGAUUUUCAAAAAGAUACAGCUCGGUUAAGCUUAACUUGGCUACUGAUUCCUGGGAAGACGCGAUUGAUUUUUGUUAUGAGGAUGAAGGUGGUGAAGAUUGGGAUUAUGAGAUGGAUGAAACAUUUGAAGAGAACAAACCUGUCAUCACAGCAGAACCUGCUUCACCCACUCAAAUAGAACCGGCCGAACAAGAACCUUCGCCAGGUCGCUUCCGUCCAUCACUACUCGUCCCUGCGCCAUAUGAUCUUCCCGCUCUCUCUCCGUUAUCCAAUCUAUCGAGCGCUUCAUCAUUUCUCCCUACACCAACCAGUUACUUCCGCCCCCAUCAAAUGCGACCUGUUUCUCAUGCAUCUUCGUUCAAAGAGUCAGACGGCUUCAGUCUUUCUCCAACUCUCCUCAUUCCUUCCGAUGAAUAUCCUUUACAAAGCGAACAAGAUGCUUUGUUCGACACAUAUCACAACGAUGAGGUCCCAUCAGCUUCAAUAUUUCCCAUGGAUACUUAUGAACAACCCACUUCACCAAUAGAUGAAGCUCUUUCUAGUACCAACUCUUAUCGUUCCUCGGUUUAUUCACAUAACAGCCUCAGAAGCAGUACUAUUAGUAGCCGCUACAAUCGAUCCAGUCAAGACUCAGCUCUACUCAUUUUCCAAGCAGGAAGCAUGAGCAAAGCCCACAGAAGUAUCGGAUCCGCCUCUUCUUUGCCCGACCUUGUUCCAUCUCUUCGUCCCAAGCGUGAUAGUAGAACACUAGGAGCACUUGCCACUACAACAUCUGACCCAGAGCUUAUUACCAAGGUUUCCAGUUUAAAACUUGACGACAAUGAGCAGCCUUCUGAAGUUACUGGAAUGCAAAGUCAUACCAAUCAAGCGCGGAGGUCGUCCAAAAACGCUCAGUAUUUCGCUCAGCCUCCCCCUCCAAUUUCCACAACUGUUCCCGAUGCAGCAUCUAGUAUUCUAAGUCCUGUGGCUGAGAGCUUCACCGAUUCACCUCCAAGACCACGUCUAAGAUCUGCUCUUUCUCGAGAAUUAUACGCUCCUGCCUCAGUGGAGUCCUUCAUGUCCAAUCAUGGAAGAAAGAUCUCUGCACCGAUCGUUACUGAAAAGACCAUUCAAGAACGAUCCAGAUCCAGCACAUUGACCAAUGCCGCUACGGCUGGUAAGCGCAGAGGAAGUUAUAAUCUUUUCCCCGCUCCUCCAACGUCUUUACCAAAAUAA